AUGAAUCGUGGACCUCCAGAUGGGCCUCAUGCGCCGCCCGCGCAUGCAGUCUAUGAAAAUCCCUGGCCUCGGCCGCCAUACCCACCAUCCUUCGACAGCCAUCCGGGCCACCCUAGCCAUGCGCCAGACCGACGGCCCUCGAGUACCCAGGCGCCGAUGCACGGACAAGGAUACCACCCCGUUCCUUUGAACCGAGAGCUUCCUCAGCUCCCACCUGAUGGACCAUAUGGCCGCCCCAACAGCUUGCCCGGCCCCGCGCAUCCUCCUUCACACCCUCCCCCUCACCCACAAGAUCCGACCCCUCCUCCGCACGCUGGUUAUCGACCACCCAUGAAUGGCGGCCCCCACGACUCAUCGCCGAAUUCUGCACCCCCGGAGUACCGAUCGCGCAUGAGCUUUCAAUCCGAGACAUCUGCGCCGGGCGAGGUAACCCCGACAUCUGGCCCGCUUCCCCCAUCCUCGUUUAUGGCUCCCGGACCGCCAGUACCCCCAGGGACGCCGGGCCCGUAUGAUCCGAGCUAUUACUCAAAUCCGGCGUAUGGAGCUCGUCAGCGGAAGGCAGCUCGUGCGCAGCAAGCUUGCGAUCAAUGUCGAGCGAGAAAGGCAAAGUGUGACGAGGGACGACCGGCGUGUAGUCAUUGCAAGGAGAACAACUUGAUGUGUGUUUAUAAAGAGGUCCCACCUCAUAAACAGGAGAAGAGUGCGCAGUUGGUUCUGGAUAAAAUGAUGGAGUUUGAGGACAAGACGAUCGAGAGAUUCGAUGGUCUCACCAAGCUCUGGAAAACACAGGAACCCAUUUACAAAGAGCAGGUUGCUAUUCGCCAAGAGCUGGCUCUUCAGCGCCAAAUGAUGACGGAAUUUAUUGCAUCAGUCGGGGGCCCCAAUCCAGCACGACUGGCUCCUUCUCAACCUCUUGCAGCUCUCCCACCCCCUCUGAUCCCUACGGCUCCGAUCGUCGGCCCACCACAAGAACCGUUGAUGAAGAUAGAGCCUGCAACAACGGAAGCGCUCGAAGAUCCGCAGGCUUCGACUUCGUUUUAUUCACAAACCAGCCUCGACGCAUCGGGACAACCGCCUCCCAGUUUCGAGGACAGUGCAAAGAAUGAUAAUGAAGGCGAACUGUCUAUUCCAGUGGAGCAUACGACAGCAGCACACAAACUUCUCAUGUGGCCUUCCAUCAAGAGGUUGCUUAACGCGGAAUAUGACGAGGAUUAUGUGAUGCGCCUGGAGGAGCAGCGGGGUCUCAUCAGUGUUUAUGGACAGGGCGAGAUCUCUUACACUGCCGAUGAUACGUUACUACCCACGCCGCCCUUGCCAAACGAUGACGGUGGCUACAGUGAAAAGCUUUCGAAUCCGGAUGGAACGUCGAAAAUCCUCAGCGCUACCUCGUCCACAGAUGCAGACGCAGAAAUCGACCGAUUUGGACUGCUCAAGCUAGAUGGAAAGACGGCUCAUCGGUACUUCCAGAGCUAUCUGAACCGUAUGCACAAGUUACACCCUUUCCUUUGGCAGCAGGAGCUUGAGAUGAAGGUCGAUGCUUUUAUCCGGUGCUACUGCCCACGAACUUCGUCACCAUCGUCAGAGCCAAGCACCCUCUGUCGGGACAAAAAGCGUAAACGUACCGACGAGGAUCUUGAAGGAGUUCGAGGCACGUCUGCGGAUCCAGUCUCGACACCCAGGCCUCGGGUGGGACGAAAUAUCGACAACGCUAUCGUCCUUCUAAUCUUUGCCCUGGGUGCCAUUUGCGAGCACAAGUCUCCCCUCCCUGGCCCGAUCAUGGACCAGAAGGUUGAGGACUACCGGGAUCAGUAUAUUCCUUCCCCUCUUGGACCUAUACCCCUUCAACCACCAUUGCAACCUGUAAACGGUGCCGCCCAUGCUGCAAAUGGUGUCCUCUCGCCUCCCAACUCUGAAUCCAUCUUGCCUCACAAUUCUGACUAUGCGCCACACUUCCAACACACCCAGAAUUACUCUUCCGAACCAGACCCUAAACAAAACCUUUCUAGGCGAACAAUCUCCGCCACUACUGAUGAGUACGGUCAUGUCAAGAAUCUCCAAGUUAUUCCUGGUCUCGCACUGUACGGCUAUGCGACGACAAUCCUCGGCCUGCUCCAAGGAGGCGUGGAACUGCAGCAUGUUCAAGCUGGACUGCUUGCCGGUCUGUAUGCUGGUCAACUAGCGCAUCCCUUCCAAAGUCACGGCUGGAUUUGCCAGGCCGCCCGAGCAUGCCAGGUUCUCGUCCGGCAGAAACGAUACGAACGACUCCCGGAAGGCCGCACUCAAGAUCUGUUCAACUUCGCAUACUGGACAUGUCUGCAGCUGGAAAGUGAUCUCCUCGCCGAGCUCGACAUUCCCGCAAGUGGUAUUUCCCGCUCCGAAGGCCGGAUCAACCUACCCAAGGGCCGCUUUACCAUUGACAUUCCAGACGACCUUGAAGCGCACAGCACACGGAUGAUGCUUUUCUACUCAGCUCAGAUCCAUCUCCGCAAGGUCCUCAACCGCGUCCAUACCGACCUGUACAAAGUCGACAAGCAAGGUGAAACAGGCCGCUGGUCUUCUAGCGUGCAAGAAACGCUAAGUAUGAACUUGGAGCUCUGGCGCUCUAGCCUCCCGGCCACCAUGAACUGGAAAGAUAACGACCAGCCCGCUUCUGACAUCAACGCCGCUCGUAUGCGUGCCAAGUACUAUGGUGCCCGCUAUAUCAUUCACCGACCCCUGCUCUACCACGCUCUUCAUUACGGCCAGACUGGUGCCCGGAUUGGCGCCCUGUCAAAGUCCUCCGCUGUCGACUCGCCAACCGGAUCAGCCUCUAAUUCGCAAACCCAACAGAUGUCACCUUCCAUGACGCAUGCAUCUGGUCGUACUAGCAGCGCACAUAUGCAACGGAUGUUAAGCGAUGCUGGCUCGGCGCCUGCUAGCUCAUUCCCGAACAGCUGGAUCCCACCGACGAUUAACUUGCGUGAACUGCAGCCCAAACUGCGACGUGCGUGCAAAGUCUGCGUUGAGUCUGCUAUCUUGAGUACCGAGGCGUUUGACCGUGUUGAGGACCGGCUCAUCGUGACGAAUAUCUUCGGCACGGCCCAUGCUCAAUUCGGUAACAUGCUCGUCCUCGCUGCGACAUACAACUCCUGUCUCUCCGAGCUCGUCGAGCGCCCCGUCCUCCAGCGCCUUCUCAAGCGCACCAUUCGCUUCCUCCUUCGCAGCCAGAAUAUCUCGCCUACACUGCGUGCUGACGCUCGUAUCCUCACUGAGAUUUACACUAAGAUCUUCCACCGCGCACCUGACCUCAGCGAGCAUUGA